GGCCGAGCCCCGCCCGCCGCCGGGCCAGCAGCAGCAGCGGCGGCCACAGCAGCAGCGGGCGGCGGAGGGUGCCCGGCAGCAGCAGCAGCAGCAGCAGGAGGAGCAGCAGCAGCGCCGCUCGCUCCGCAGCGCAAGGGGAGGUGAGCGGCAGCGGGCAGCGGCGCCGGCUCCUGCUCGCCGGGGCUCCGCCGGGCGGGGCUGCGCGGUUCGGUUCGGCAGCACCAGCUCCGGAGUGAGCGGUGCGAGGGGGACGGGGCUCCGCCUGUGAGACGCGUUCGCUUCGCGGUUUGUCUUCUCAUUCUUGCUUCACGAGAGAUGAUCUGAAGUGGCGGCAGCCUGGUGGUGGUUUGCGCCGAUAGUUGAAGGAGCAUUGCGUUGUAACUGUCCUUCUGCGGCGUAGUGGGUUCGGUUCUAUGUGAAUAAGCAGUUUCAGGGGCAGGUUGCACUAGCUGGCAAAUUAAAAAAUAAGAAAGCAAGAAGCUGGAAGAGUUUUGAUCACCAGGAAGAUCUGAACCAAUGGACUGUAUGGAUAUAGAUAUGUUUGAAGGCAUCUGCUCUUCCCCUUACAAGAAUCAUGAAUAAACUGGCAGACCAGCAGGACCACAUGAUACCAUGAAGAGAAGCUUACAGGUCCUCUAUUGCCAACUGUUUAGUGUUUUACUGAUCUUGGCACUGACAGAAGAGCUGGUGUUUUCUGUUCAGGUACUGUCUCCCACUGUCUCCUCCUCUCAGGGCUUCCCAACGAACACUACAACUAUCACAGCCAUGGGAACAACACCUCACCGCAAAGACCACCACACGGCAGAGCCCCUUCCCACGUCUGCUCAAGCCAUGUCCCACCCCAUCAGCCUGGUGGAGAAAGCCCCUUCCAUCGGGCAAGAGCAAGAGAGUGGUCCUCGCAUCGGCGAGAAGGAAACUUAUCAUUUGUACAACCAGAGUGCUUUGUACUCAGGACGGUCUCGCCCCAAGGGGAAAAUAUUCCAGGUUUUCAAAGGCAACUUCUCAGAGUCGACAGAGCCUUACCUAAAGACAACCCUGCACUCUCCCUUCCCUACCCUGAGGAGCCCUUUCACAGACCACCCAUUUCAGUCCCAGACCACAGCAUCCAGUGAUCCAAAUGGAAUGGGGCUGGCAAGAACUACACACUCAGACCCUUCUCCCCACCGCACCACCUUGGGAAGCCUUAGGGAAGCAGAGCGAGGGGAUGGGACCGAGGUAGUAGUGCAGGAGGCAGAUUUUGCCACCACAACUGCUGGACCAUCAACUGAUCCUGAAGCAGUGUCGGUGCCUUUUAAACCCACCCGCUAUGGCAUGUGGGAUAUGCUGAGCAAAAACAACUCUUGGGUAACCUUGAAUCUCAGUACAAAUGUCCCUCUGUUUGCUGGCUCUGGAUCUGCUACAGCAGCAGCUGGUCACUCAGUUCAGACCAGUUUUGACGUCAGCAUCUCGUCCUCGGCAGCGGGAGACCCUGAGGGACUGACUCCGACGCAGCACGGCGCGGUGACCAAUGCCACAUCGCCGGGCAAUGCCCUCUCCUCAGUGCCUGCCACCAGGUUGUCCAGCUCCACCUCCACAGCUGGCUCCACUGCCACCGGGAACUUCCUGAACAGACUGGUUCCUGCCGGGACCUGGAAACCAGGUGUGCAAGGAAACAUCUCCCAUGUCACCGAGGGGGACAAACCCCAGCACAGAGCAACCAUCUGUCUCAGCAAGAUGGACAUUGCCUGGAUCAUUCUGGCUAUCAGCGUCCCUAUAUCCUCAUGUUCAGUUCUGCUGACAGUCUGCUGCAUGAGAAGGAAGAAGAAGACCUCUAACCCAGAGAACAAUCUGAGCUAUUGGAAUAAUGCUAUUACCAUGGACUACUUCAACAGGCAUGCUGUGGAGCUACCAAGAGAGAUCCAGUCACUGGAGACUUCAGAGGACCACCUGUCGGAGCCGCGCUCCCCAGCCAACGGCGACUACCGCGACAGCGGGAUGGUCCUGGUGAACCCCUUCUGUCAGGAAACGCUGUUUGUGGGACAUGAGCAAGUCUCUGAAAUAUGACCCCCCCAGCUGCCCCCGUACUGCAGUUUCAUCUCUACUGUCUCCAAAUUAUAAAUAAAUAUAUAUAUAUUAUAAAUAUAACCUUUGUGUAACCCUGAACUACAAGAAAUGUUUUCAGCUUUUCUUUUGUCCCUCAGAAUUGUCAGCCCCUUUUUUAUAAGUGUGGUAAAACUUUACAGAACAAACUGUGGCUUUAUAAAAUAAAGGUAUUUCUAAGCAAAA